GGAUGAAGGCUUGCGAGAACCAAGUGCACUUGCGUCUGCUUUUCGUGCGUGUAUGACUGAGGGCCAGUCGAUGAGUGGACCCGGCGAUUUUCGGAAGAAUUUCUUCAAGGAUGUUGUAGACGCUGCAACGAAGGAAAAGCAUUCAGGGAUUGCCGAAGUCGAGAAAGCCUACCAAGAUCUGGAAGAUGCGAUAUACAGUAACUCAGAUCUGUCACGGGGUUCAACGACAUCGUUGCCACUUCCAAAAAUCUAUAUCAUGUGGGACGAAGCGCACUACUUGGAAAAAGGCCUCCUACGACGGGAAUCGAUAUCCGGGUUCUCUAUCCUUGAACAUGGAAAAAAAAUUUCGUUCUCGUUCUUCGUGUCUCUCUCGGGACGGAUCGCGCCAGCUGCCCCUCCACGCUCUGUAGACUCGUCGACUCGGAUCCAUGAAGGCACGCUCGAAUCCGUUCCUCCGUUCACAGACCUAGGAUUCGAUCAGUUGAUGAGUGGACGACAAGUGGGAAGGAUAGGUGCGCAAACACUGGCUGAUGUGACGAAGCUUGAGUACGUGGUGCAUAUGGGUCGACCUCUCUGGGGCGGACGGUACGAUGUUGGCGACAAGCACGUGAAGAAUAGCAUCUUCGACUUCGCGCAUGAGAAGCUCCUUUGCCAAAAGCGAUGGGACUUUAAAGGGAUAAAGCUUUCAUUACAACAAACCUUCGCCUGCCUCUCUCAGCGGCUAGCUCUCGAAUUGGAUUCAAGAACACGGGCAGCAUUGCUAGAGGAGAAGAAUCUGAUCGAAAACCAUAUGCGAGUAUGUCUCGAAACUGGGACGGGCUUGGAUGGUCUCCUUACGGCUUCCUCUUCUGAACCGAUCCUCUCGGAGGUUUCCUCGUUGACUACACGCUGGUGCAAGGAUAAUUUCAGCAUGGCUGAGGCGUUGAAGAUGGUCCUCUCAUAUUUCCCUAUCCGGCAGGAACAUCAUGGCGCGCUUCUGGUGUUGGUUUUGUUCACUAUUGCACGCGAUUCGGCGAUUCCGAGGGACCAUGAAUAUUCCAAGGACAUCUUCAUCGUCCCUGUACUGUCUUUCUUUGAACAACUGUUCACGGAGGACAUUUCGGACAUGCUUCCAUCUAGGGUGGGGAGCGCACACGAAUCUCGCACUUUUAAGGAAGAAUUUUCUCGAGCUAGCUUGCAUUUCAAUCACUGCAUCAAACCUCAGAACACUGGCGCUCUUAAUCGUUCGACGCUUCUUGGCUUCAUUGCCCGUGGUGCUGCUAUCGUCCAUCACGCAGGAGUGGACAUGACUAUCCCAUUCUUAUUCUACGAUCUCGAGCUGAUCAAAUGGAAUGUGGGAUUUAUCCUGGCCAAGGUGGACCACCAAGCGAUGCCGAGGGCGAGAUUGUUUGACACCAUGGACCCCUUCGUACUAGGCCUGUUUGAGGAUGGCGAGCCUACUGUCCCGAUUAUCAGAAUCAUUUUCGCGCUUGGAGUCCCGACAGAGAAGGCGAAGCUUGUUCGGAUGCCACCCUAUAUGCAAGGCGACUUUACAUCGUAUGACUUUUGGUGUGCUGGCAUGUCGCCCGAGAUUGUGAAGCCUGGGGUGAGUGCUACGUCAUGGACUUGGGACGCACUGCUCGCGGCGUCGUGUGGUCGGGCAAGGGACUCUGACUCACAAUCGGCAGAAGGGAGUGCGUGUAGGCGGCAGCAGGAACCCCUUGUUGGAAUGGACAAAGAACACUGGAAUCAGUUUGUGGAUUUUACGGCGCUGGAUGAAGGGAAGGCUGAGGAUUACCUGAAAGAUCGGCAUUAGUAGUAGUCGUAACUUGUGCCAUUGGUUUUGUUAUCUUUAUCCUACAUUCGUUAGUUAUAAUGCAUUAUUCCCAGCGCUCCUCGUACAUGUAGGAUUUAUUGAUCUUGAUCUCUCAUAAGUUAGGCAUCUCGACGGCUUGCCUGUCAAGAGAUUUGUAGCCGAGACUGUUUCACCACAAUAAUAAUUAAC